UUCAGCAUAGGCUUACAUUAAACACUGUGACCAGGACGGGGGUUGAUGUUGUCUGGAUUUCAACCAUAACUUCGUAAGGACAUACAACUUACUAAUACUCGGGACCCGUUGCUUUUAUGCCAGUUUUAGUCUCUACACAUACGGAUACAGAUACAGAUAUGGUAUUUCCAAGCUAGAAUUCGGAAACUCAACAUAGAGCUCAUUCGUGUCGAUCCUGUGACUGAAUAUGCCUUCCUCACAGGUAUUAGUUCGUCUUCCACAAACAACGCUCAAACGCAGACAGUUGAAGGAUAAAAUAACCAAACAUUUUCAAAAGUCACAGGUCAGCAAAGAUUUUGAUGUGGAGGAUGUCAAUAUUAUCCUAGAAAAUGACAGUAAAAUAUGGCUGACAGUUACUUUCAACGAGCCUGCAGGUGUCGAGUUUGUUCUUUCAAGAGAAAAACAUCAUGAACUGAUCAUUGAUGGAGUUGUAAUUCCAUUUGAAGUAAAACGUCACCUGCCUAUACCAAGCUGGCGGCUAGUGUCACCUUCAGUAGAUUCCGAUUCGGAUCCAGAGACAUUUGUGGUCUUGGAUGAAAACAAACAUAAAUCCGAAGCUAAAGGCAGUGAAAUUUCAGCUGAAGGGGGCACAUUAUUAGCAGGUCAGCAGGAAAAUCUGCCGAGCUGUCGAAGUGACUCGGCAGAAUGCAACAAGGACCAACAACCUUCCUCCGAACACGAUCAAGAGGAGGAAGUCGACCCUAUUUACUCACUGCGCGAGAAGGAACCUGAUUGGUGGCAGGCCAAGGCAGCUGAGGAAGAGGCUCAAAAAAAGCAUGAAGCCGAGGCCGAGGUUGAAGAAGAUGAGCAACUGAUUGAAGUGACUGGAUACAAAAAGACACAAGGUAUCGGGGUCCUGAAGUUGUAUUUUGAGAAUCCACUCAGAUCUGGAGGAGGUGAAAUAGAGACAAUAGGGAGAGACCCUAAGACUGGUGCCGUCAGAAUUACCUUCAAGAACCCAUUGGUUGCUGCUGUGGUUGAAGCAAGGAGGCACAAGCUAGACCGUUCCAAUCUGAAGGUCAAACUGAUCACCAAGAAGAAACGUCGACCACUUCCAAUCAAUGCACGAUGUCUGUUUCUAGAAGGAAUUCCAGAUGGAUGCUCCUCUGAGAGUGUGAAGCUCUUUAUUGAGAAUAGAGCAUCCAUGGGUGGGGAACCCAAAAUCCAAUAUGGAAAGAAGCCUGGAACAGCUUUAUGUACAUUCUCACGUGAUAUUCCAGAUUUGGAUGCUGUUGUAACCAAUGUUUCUAAGAAGAAGCUGCAAGAGGUUGUAAUAACAGCAAAGAAAGUUCAGGAAGCUGAUGCUGUCUUAGUGACAGGAUUUUCAAAAGAUGUAAAUUUGGUCACCAUUGAGUUGUACUUUGACAACAAGAACAAGAGUGGAGGCGGUAGAGUGAGAGACGUACAACCAGGACCCAUGGAUGGACAGGCAAUCGUCUACUUUGAAGACUGGAAAGUUGUAAAUGAAGUGUUACAUAAAGACACCCACAAGAUUGGUCGGAAAGCAGUCAAAGUUGAAACGUAUCAUGAAUGUCUGUGGAAACUGAGCCAUGGUGAUCAGGCGUCUGUCUCAGACAUCCCUGACAAGACAAGCCCUGAACAGGUGAAAAGAAGUACCGGUAACGUAGCAUCAAGCAUCAAGGGAGCUGAAGCACAAGAGACUGGCCAGAAAGUAGGGAUGAAGAAACCACAAGUUGGCCAAAGAGUCCAGGUACAAAUCCAAGGAGAACAGGGAGGCAAGGUUGCUGACGCCCAGGAAAUGCCCGAGAGUGACCAUCAGGAAGAUGUUGAGCAACUGAUUGAAGUGACUGGCUUCAAACCGUCCACAGGUGAUGAGGUCCUUGGGCUCUAUUUUGAAAAUCGUGGAAAAUCUGGAGGAGGGGAAAUAGAGAUGCUAGAGAGAGACCCUAAGACUGGUGCCGUCCGCAUUACCUUCAAGAACCAAUCAGUUGCUGUUGAGGUGGAGAAGAGGAAGCACAAGCUAGCCUGUGCCAAUCUAAAUGUCAAACUGAUCACCAAGAAGAAACGUCGUCCACUUCCGGUCAAUGCACGAUGUAUGUUUUUAGAAGGGAUACCAGAUGGAUGCUCAUCUGAGCAUUUGAAGCUCUUUAUUGAGAAUAGAGCAUCCAUGGAUGAGGAACCAACAAUCCAAUAUGGAGAGAAACCCGGAACAGCUAUAUGUACAUUCUCACGUGAUAUCCCAGGAUUGGAUGAUAUUGUAACCAAAGUUUCUAAGAAGACAAUGAAAGACGUUGUAAUAACAGCAAGGAAAGUUCACGAAGCUGAUGCAGUCUUGGUAACAGAGUUUUCCAAAGACGUAAGUUUGGAGACUAUUGAGUUGUAUUUUGACAACAAGAAGAGUGGAGGCGGUGGAGUGAGAGAGGUACAACCAGGACCCAUGGAUGGACAAGUAAUCGUCUACUUUGAAGACUGGAAGGUUGUGAAUGGAGUAUUGCGUAUAGAUCACAAGAUUGGUCGAAAAGCAGUAAAAGUUGAAAAGUAUCAUGAUUGUCUGGGGAAACUGAGCCAUGGUGAUCAGGCGUCCGUCUCUGACAUCUCUGGCAAGACACGCCCUGAACAGGUGAAAAGAGGACCCGGUAAUGUAGCAUCAAGCAUCAAGGGAGCUGAAGCACAAGAGACUGGCCAGAGGAAAGUUGGGAUGAAGAAACCACAAGUAGGCCAAAGAGUUCAGGUACCAUUCCAAGGAGAACAGGGAGGCAAGGCAAGUGUUGCUUAUAAGGAUGUUGACACUCAGGAAGGGUUCCAAGGUAAACUUACUGAAGAUUAUGAGCAACUAAUCGAAGUGACUGGCUUCAAACCAUCCGCAGAAGAUGAGGCCAUUGGGCUCUAUUUUGAGAACGGUCGAAAAUCUGGAGGAGGGGAAAUAGAGACCAUGGAGAGAGAUUCAAAGACUGGUGCCGUCAAAAUUACCUUCAAGGACCAAUCAAUUGCUGUUGAAGUGGAGAGGAAGAAGCAUAAGCUAGCCGGCGCCAUUCUGGAUGUCAAACUGAUCACCAAGAAGAAACGUCGUCCACUUCCAAUCAAUGCACGAUGUCUGUUUCUAGAAGGAAUACCAGAUGGCUGCUCAUCUGAGCAUGUGACGCUCUUUAUUGAGAAUAGAGCAUCCAUGGAUGAGGAACCAACCAUCCAAUAUGGAGAGAAGCCUGGAAGAGCUAUAUGUUCAUUCUCAUAUGAAAUUCCAGAUUUGGAUGCUGUUAUAACCAAGAUUUCAAAGAAGAAACUCCGAGGCGUUGACAUAACAGCAGAGAAAGUUCAUGAAUCCGAUGCAAUUCUAGUACAAGGAUUUUCGCAAGACACAGGUGUGGAAAUGAUUGAGUUGUAUUUUGACAGCAAGAAGAAGAGUGGAGGCGGUGGAGUGAGAGAGGUACAACCAGGACCCAUGGAUGGACAGGCAAUCGUCUACUUUGAAGACUGGAAGGUGGUUCAAGACGUUUUAGCAAGAGGUCUUCAUAAGCUUGGUGGUAAUGAUCUACUAACCGACUCAUACCAUGAGUUCCUUGGAAGACUGAGCCCGCUUGAUGCCCCAACUCCACAUACCCCUAAACCAGUGUCGGUAAAAGUACAGGAACCUAUCAUGGAGUUCCUCUGUGGGAAAGGUGAGAAUACAAAGAAGAAGUUGCUGAAAGACUUGGCCAAGGCAAAAGCCAAACUGCUGUGGCCGGAUGGUUCUCAGAAGUCGCAAGCUAAACUAGAACCAAUAAUAGACGAAUCCCAACAGCCAUGGUUGAACUGGGAAAAAGAAGCUGUUGAUGUUCUGACUCGCUUUAUGGGAGGAUGCAAAUUAGCCAGAGUUCCAGUUCCACAAAAACUGUGGAAGGGUGCUGCUGAUAAACUGCAGAAGAUGACUACAGCUUGCUCGAUGGGCCUAGAUACUCAACUUCAUGAAGUGAUACUGGUCGGAGAGCAACGAGAUGUUGAUGGCACUGAAGUAAAAAUAAAUUUGGUCACCAAAGAGUUACAGAAGAAUGCCGACUAUGAUGCUGCGCAAGCAACAGAAGACAUCAACUGGGAUGCAAAAAAGCUACAGCUGUUUACCUUGUGUGGGAUUAAACAGGAGAUUGAAAAGUCCUUUCCAGCUCUGAAGAUCACAAUUUUCAGCUCUCCUGGUAAAACCGGCAUCACACUUGAUGGAGUAAGAUCAACCGUCAAAGAAGUGGAGCUAAAGAUAAGGAGAAUGAUGGACAGUUUGGAAAAGACAGAGUUCAAAUCUGGGAGUAUCAAAGUGCGAUUUGUUCAGCAUGUUCCGGACAAAAUUCAUGAAGUUCUAGGGUCACGAAAUAUUCGUGCAGCUUGCAGUGGAUCAGAUGAUGGGAAGAUCACAAUACACGGUGCUACUAGCAGAGAUAUCAGGGAGGCUAAAGCAUACAUCGACAAUGAAAUAGAUGAAGAUGUGAUUACCAUCAAAGGUUCUGCAUUAGCUGCUGUACAAGGCCACGAGGGGAAGAAACUUGUAGACUUUAUCAACAAGCAAAAGUUGGUCAUGGUGGAAAUAAAGCAAGACAUUAUCGAGCUCGCAGGAUUCAAGUCUAAACUGGAGGAAGCGAAGUCUCAGAUUAUAGAGUUUUUGAAAAACACAAUAGUUAUCAAGGAACACAUUUCUUGCCACGCUGCCGACAUAAAAGAUAUCAACAGAUUCUGGCAUGACGAAGUUGAGGUUGCAGAAAUGGCAAACCAAACCAACUAUGUCAAAAUAGAGUUGAAGAGACAAGGGAGCGAAAGCGGUUUCGCUAUCGAAGGCAACCAAGAAGGUAUUGGAAAAGCUCGAGAGAUUUGUCUCGGGCUAAUUGCAAGACUUGAUAGAAAUCCAAGAGUCCCACCCGUAAGUGAUAAGGCACGCACACGUUUUGAAGAUUAUACUGUGCUGCAGUCUCCAGAUCAGUCAGAAGAUGGCGUGAGUGACACCGAUGAUGUCCCCAUGAGAGUGCCAAUGCAACAGCAAUACAGCCAACAAGAUACGGGACAUAAGAAGCUACGUCGCAAGAAGUUAGCAAGAUCAGCAGACAGUGAGCAAUUGUUACAGACUUCGCCAAGAAAUGAAACCGAUUCUAAGAUCGGACCAAGUCAGUCUUCCCAACGGGGAAACAUGUUUCAACGCUUCAUGCGUCCAAAAACAGUUCCCAGGAGCGACGAAAAAUUCAUAACCAAUGGACUGACUAUUGUUGUUCGCAGGGGGGACAUAACAAAGCAGCAAGUAGAUGCCAUCGUCAGUCCGUCCAAUCCUAAGUUGCAGCAUGGUGGAGGUGCAGCAAAGGCAAUAGAGAUGGCUGCUGGGCCACAGUUGGGCUCUUUCUGUGCCGGUGUGUUGACGAAUCGGCCCAAUCAACCACUACAGGCCUCGGAAUGCAUUGUUUCACCUGGCUUCAAUCUCAACUGCCGGCAUAUCAUCCAUUCUGUGGGACCAGGGCAAAACAUGAGCCCCCAGCAGUUUAACAGUAUCUUAAACCAGGCUUUUGUUAACUGUCUCCUAAAAGCAGAUGAAUCCCAGGCACAGUCACUGGCGAUGCCGUUGAUCGGUUCGGGUGCUGUCGGUGCGCCGAAAGAGGAUUGUGCGGAGUUGCUCAUUCGCGCUUUAGUCAAUUUUAGUAGUACGCCAAUUAUGUUUUUAAAUGAAGUAUAUUUAGUGAAUAUUGAUACAGAGGCAACUGAGGCACUCGUGCAGUGUUGUAAGGAUAUUAUUUAGCCCAUCAGUGUCCGAAAACCCCCGAUACGUAAAUAUGCCAAAUUCAUGUUGGUGAAUAACCAUGUUGGGAAGCACACGUUGAAAGUAUCGAGCAGGCAGGCAGGGCCCAGGGCCCAAUUUCAUAGAGCCGCUUAUUAAGCACACAAAGUGGCUAAGCACAACGAAAUUAAGCUUACCAGA